CAGGUGCGGGAGGCGACGCGGGGGGCGGGGGCGCGGCGGGAGGGCGGGCCCCGCCCCUGCUGUCUGCCGGGACCCUGCGCGGCGGUCGUCGGGGCGCGGGGCGGGCGCCAUGUGGACGGCCAGCGUGCGCACCGCGGCGCUCCUGCUCUGCAUCCUGUGCUACCUGCUGGCGGGCGCCGCCGUCUUCGACGCGCUCGAGUCCGAGGCGGAGAGCGGCCGCCGGCGGCUGCUGGCCCAGAAGCGCGGCGAGUUCCGGAGGAAGUACGGCUUCUCCGCCGAGGACUACCGCGAGCUGGAGCGCCUGGCGCGGCAGGCCGAGCCGCACCGCGCCGGCCGCCAGUGGAGGUUCGCCGGCUCCUUCUACUUCGCCAUCACCGUCAUCACCACCAUCGGGUACGGCCAUGCGGCUCCAGGCACGGACUCGGGCAAAGUCUUCUGCAUGUUCUACGCGCUCCUGGGCAUCCCCCUGACGCUGGUCACCUUCCAGAGCCUGGGUGAGCGGCUGAACGCGCUGGUGCGGUGCCUCCUGCUGGGGGUCAAGCGCUGCCUGGGCCUGCGACGGCCGCACGUGUCCACCGAGAACAUGGUGGUGGCAGGGCUGCUGGUGUGCGCCGCCACCCUGGCGCUCGGGGCCGCCACCUUCGCGCACUUCGAGGGCUGGUCCUUCUUCCACGCCUACUACUACUGCUUCAUCACCCUCACCACCAUCGGCUUUGGGGACUUUGUGGCGCUGCAGAGCGACGAGGCGCUGCAGAGGAAGCCGCCGUACGUAGCCUUCAGCUUCCUCUACAUCCUGCUGGGGCUCACCGUCAUCGGCGCCUUUCUCAACCUCGUGGUCCUGCGCUUCCUCGCAGCCAGCGCGGAUGCGCCCCAGCGCGCUGCCCGCCGUGCCGGCCCGCUCCGCCGGGGGGCGCCCGAGAGCCGCGACCGCACCCGGCCGAGCCAAGCCACCGGCUCCGGGGGCUCCACCUGCCUCUCCCGCCGCAUCCGGCAGCUGGAGAGGUGCGCCCGCGACAAUCUGGGCUUCUCGCCCCCCUCGAGCCCUGUGGCCGUGUGCAGCAGCAGGGCAGACAGGCCCCGGGUCCAGCGGAAGUCCAUCUGACAGCCCUGCCCAGGCAGGGGUCAGACCUGCAUCUGGUUGGGAGCAUCUGGCUUCGCCUGCCAGAGCACUCGCCCCCAGGGAUUGGAGAGGAGUGAGGCCUUGAGGUGGUCUUUUGCCACAAGCGGCCCCUCAUUACCUUCUUGAGGUUCAUCCCUUCCCGCCCCUCCAAAAAUAUCUUCAUGCUGCAUCAUAAGCACAAGCUAGUCUGUAGUCGCUCUGUAGGUGCAAAUCCUAGUCCAAAAUGCUUCAGGAAGGCGUGGCCACAUUAGCACCUAGGAGAGGCCUUGCACAGGACCCCUUUACCAGCUGACCCUUCGGAGGGGGGACAUGGCAACGUGUGUUGUGAAGAGGUGUUGUUGCCUGUUGCCGGGGAAUGCAGGAAAACAUAAAACUUUCAGCAUGGGAAGCCUAUCCUGGAAGCCAGGUGCUCAAGCUAGGAGCAUGGAGAACAGAUGCAUGGAAGGAACCUCCCCAGGGGUCAUUUUUUUGCACAAUUUAAAUUUCUCUCUCUUCAUCCAGCAUGUACAGUGGAAUUGCUCACGCUUGAAUGAUCACCCCACCCCAUGAAGUUGAUACUUUGCCCCUAGCCGGCACCACUUCCAGAUAAAGAUCUUGGCAACAGCCCCUGUGUCACUAGGACCACCUGGAGGCAGCCCAGUCCUGUGGGAUGAACUUUAUUCUGGGUCCUGUCAAUCACCAGCAUUGUGACUUUGGGAAUCUCAUUUCUUCCUUGGGCCUCAGUUUCUGCAUCAGUAAGACUGGGUGCACUCAGAAUCCUGCUCCCUCCUGUGCAGCUCCAGUGGAGCUUCCUGGGACAGGUCUCUGCCCCACAAGGGGAUUAACAAAGACUCUGGUGGCGCAUGCCAGCAUCCCACAACAUCAAGCCCCUUAGAACACCAACAUCCCUUUAUCCCUCCAUAAAGAACCAUCUCAAUACAAACCAAGAGCAAGCCCAGUUAGAAAAGCCAAAAACUUUAAUGUUAACAUGAGCUACAUGGUCAUGAACACAAUGCAAUGUGACCCACUCCAACCCAGGGGCCCCAGAAACCCUCCCUCCCCAAAGGUCUGGGUGGCUCCUGCUCCUGGAGAGGGCAUAAGGGAAAGGCGGGUGGGAGAGGCCCCAGCCUGAGGACCCAGGGUCCUGUUGUCCCACCACCCCCUGUAGGAGGCAGUUGUAGCGUGAAAGGGCUCAGAGGUGAUGCCCGUGCCCCAGUUCCAGGCUCCACUCGGCCCUCACAGACGCUCUGGGUGAAAUGGGCAUCAAUCGGCCCAGCUCUGGGGAUCCUCUGCUGAGCUCCUGGGUGCAACCACUUUUCGUCCUCUGAGAUGCUGCUCGACAGACAUGGGCCCCCCCGGAGGGCAGAGGGAGCUGGUACAGGGGGAGGAGGAGGCUCCGUUGCCUUGGUCCAGCACAGC